AUGACACAAGUCACUAAGAUUCAGCAAAUUUUGCAACGGCUAGAUAUAAGCUUUAAUGAGAAUAGUUUCCAUGCUCUAUUCUCUCAUGUCGUUCGCAACCAUGAAAAUUUUGAUAAAGAUGAAUGGGAAAAGUUAAUCCAAUUUGACAAAAAUUGGGAAGCUUUCGGUUUUAGAAAAGCUAAAGAAAUUUAUUCCUCGAAUAUGAAUAAGAUGCGUCAAAGUACCAAGAAACAAAUAAAACCACAUAUCCAAUACAUACGUGAUGAAGUGAACAGUUCUAACUCAAUAAACCUUGACCUGGAAUCUUUUGAUUCUCAUAGAGUGGAAUUAAGUAGAUAUGAGAAAAUGCGUCUGGAGUGUGAAGUUCGUUCAGCAAAACAUGAAAAAGCAUUAGAAGAACUCAAAACACUGGGUUAUAAAUAUCUUGAUUGGCUAAAUGGAUGGAGAAAAACUCCUGAUGAAGUGGCUAAAUGUGGACAUAAAAAACGAGAGGAUUCAUACAGUUUAAGUGGAGCUACUAAUCUUGUAAGUUAG